CGGCAGUUGCGCUUUCUAUCUGCUGAUAUUUAAGACAGCGAAGAAGCCCCAAGCCGGAAGGACACAUCCUGACAUUAGGACGGUUCUGUGGUGGGUUAGUUCAGGAAAGAUGCUAGCCAUUAUCUCAAAUGUGUUAAGAGCCAGUGCCCAGCGGAAUGGGGCUGCAGUGAUUAUGUCAGCACGCACAUAUGCUGACUUCACGACCCAGGCUACCUUUGAAAUAAAGAAAUGUGACGUCUUCAAGCUGGAUGAGGGCCCUGCCACUCAGGUGGUUCUGACUCGUGAUGAGGGUCUGCAGUACUACCGCACCAUGCAGACGAUGAGGCGUAUGGAGCUGAAGGCAGAUCAGCUCUACAAGCAGAAAAUCAUCAGAGGGUUCUGCCACUUGUAUGAUGGCCAGGAAGCUUGUGCUGUUGGUAUUGAAGCCUCAAUUAACUUGUCAGACCACCUGAUCACGGCAUACCGUGCCCAUGGCUACACUUACACCCGGGGAGGGACUGUGAAGGAGAUUAUGGCGGAGCUAACUGGCAGAAGAGGUGGUAUUGCAAAGGGCAAAGGAGGCUCUAUGCACAUGUACUGUAAACACUUCUAUGGUGGAAAUGGAAUUGUUGGUGCUCAGGUUCCUUUGGGUGCUGGUGUAGCACUUGCCUGCAAGUAUCAGGGCAACAACGAGCUGUGUGUCUGUCUCUAUGGUGAUGGUGCUGCCAACCAGGGCCAGAUUUUUGAAACGUACAACAUGGCUGCUCUCUGGAAACUGCCUGUUAUCUUUAUCUGUGAGAACAACCGGUAUGGCAUGGGCACCUCAGUGGAGCGAGCUGCAGCCAGCACAGAUUACUUCAAGAGAGGAGAGUUCAUUCCUGGUCUGAGGGUGGAUGGAAUGGAUGUUCUCUGUGUCCGGGAAGCAACCAGGUUUGCUGCUGAUCACUGUCGCUCUGGGAAGGGUCCUAUUCUCAUGGAACUCCAGACAUACCGUUAUCAUGGACACAGCAUGAGCGAUCCUGGCGUUAGCUACCGCACACGUGAGGAAAUCCAGGAAGUGCGCAGUAAGAGUGACCCCAUCUCCAUGCUGAAGGACCGCAUGCUCAGCAACAACAUGGCUAGCGUGGAGGAGCUCAAGGAAAUCGAUGUAGAAGUGAGGAAGGAAAUCGAGGAUGCAGCUCAGUUUGCCACCACAGACCCAGAGCCCCCACUGGAAGAAUUGUGCAAUCACAUCUUCUGCGACAUGCCGUCUUUGGAGGUGCGCGGCACAAACCCAUGGGCCAAACUGAAGUCUGUUAGCUAAAGUUCUUGAUUCUCCUCCCUCUUACAAUCAUAACCCACCCAACCCCUUUCCUUAUUGCACACAUCAUGUACUUUAAACUAGUGCCUCAUCACCAGAACUUUAAGCAUCAGCAAGUAAUCGACUUCUAGAGCUAAGUAAACAGUUUGGGCCAUUUUUACAAAGAAGUGUUGGUUUAAACUGACACAAAAAGAAUUGGAGAUCAGAUUCACUUUUCUACCUCAAGUCUUGAAAUUGCUACAGUAAAAUGUUAAAACAUUAUCAGUGUUGCCAAUCUAAAGUUUAUACAGAAAUGGCUACAUUUAUCCACUUCACCAUAUUUAACUUUUAGCCAGAAAUGUUUCGUGAUUAAAAUCACAGUUUCUGGCUGACUUCCUUUUAUUAAGACUUCUUGAGGCAUAUUUAUUCCUUAAAUCUCUGUAAAUCUGGCUCCAUGUGAAUAUGUAGUGGAUUAUUUGCUAUUUAAUCUGGUAAUUUUUGAGGUGCUGUAAGUGUUCACUGUGUCAAACACAGGCUGUAUGACCUUAACAUGGCUUUGUGCUCUUUAUACUUCAAUGUACAUGAUAAAGAAGUCAACUUGAGACAUUUGCUUGUGUCUUUAUUUCAAUUGUCUUCAAAAAUGCUGCAAAUUGUAACUGUUCAAAAUGUUAAUCUUGGUACACGAAUGGGUCUGGUAGAUCUGAAAGCUGAAUUUGACUCAUGAGUUGAACAGAUGUCUGUGUUCACAUGAUCAUGAGGUCUUUUUCAGAGUUGGUGGCUUGUCUCCAAACAUUUGUAGAAGCUUGGCUUAAACUAAAUGUGGGUGAACUAGAAAUGAAAUGAUCAAGUGAAAAUUUAAAACCUAACAUUGAGUGGCAAGUUCAUGCAGCUGUGCCUCUGGCUUUGUCACUUGUUUGAUCAGUUGUAACUUCAGUGACUCAUUAACACGCUUCUAUCCCUACUGGCUUGCUUUGCAGACUAUUGAUGCAAGUUUUUAAAGAACUCUGCAACUCUUUCAAGGGGUACUGGGAGAUUAGGACUUUCUACAGAAACAUAUUGAACUGUUGGCUUCAAUGUCUAAUGCUAAAAUUCUUAGUGAAUCUGUUACAGGGUGGGGAAUGAUGUAAAACACUCUGUGGAAACAUUGAGUUGCUUUGAUAAAGGGAUUUUGUAAUGUAA